AUGGGUUCUGAAGGUGGCACUCAGCUGCCAAGGUGUUCUGAAGGAGUCACUCAGCGGCAAAGGGGUUCUGAAGGUGACACUCAGCUGCCAAGGAGUUCUGAAGGUAGCACUCAGCUGCCAAGGGGUUCUGAAGGUGCCAUUCAGCUGCCAAGGGGUUCUGAAGGUGGCGCACAGCUGCUAAGGGGUUCUGAAGGUAGCACUCAACUGCCAAGGAGUUCUGAAGGUAGCACUCAGCUGCCAAGGGGUUCUGAAGGUGCCAUUCCGCUGCCAAGGGGUUCUGAAGGUGCCAUUCAGCUGCCAAGGGGUUCUGAAGGUGGCGCACAGCUGCCAAGGGGUUCUGAAGGUGGCGCACAGCUGCCAAGGGGUUCUGAAGGUAGCACUCAGCUGCCAAGGGGUUCUGAAGGUGCCAUUCAGCUGCCAAGGGGUUCUGAAGGUGGCGCACAGCUGCUAAGGGGUUCUGAAGGUGGCACUCUGCUGCCAAGAGGUUCUGAAGGUGUCACUCAGCUGCCAAUGGGUUCUGAAGGUGGCACUCAGCUGCCAAGGUGUUCUGGAGGUGUCACUAAGCUGCCAAGGGGUUCUGAAGGUGACACUCAGCUGCCAAGGGGUUUUGAAGGUGUCACUCAGCGGCAAAGGGGUUCUGAAGGUGUCACUCAGCUGCCAAGGGGUUCUGAGAUUGGCAUUAAGCUCCCAAUAUGUUCUGAAGGUGUCACUCAGCUGCAUAGGGGUUCUGAAGGUGGCUCUGAGCUUCCAAGGGGUUCUGAAGGUAGCACUCAGCUGUAA